AUGUCGUGUUACUGUCCGAAUUGGAUGAACGAGAGCCCGUUGCAAGUACCCAUCAACCUCGAUCAUCAAUCGGAUCUACUUAAGGGACCAGAAAUUGUGCACGUUUCAAAAUUUUAUAAAGAAGGCAUAGAAGGAAAAUUUUUAAGUAAUAUAGCACCAGAUGCUAGGACCUUGUACGAGACGUUUCGGAAAGGCGCAAAAGUUUCAAACAAUGGGAAGUGCCUAGGCUGGCGUGAAAAUAUCAGUAAACCAUUUCAAUGGAUUCAUUACAAUGAGACAUUACUUCGAGCUCGAAAUUUCGGUUCAGGUCUAUUAGGUCUUGGUUUUCCGAAAGCUAACCAGAUUUUCAUCGGAAUAUUUAGUCAAAACUGUCCCGAAUGGAUUUUAACAGAACAAGCAGCUUAUUGUUUUUCUAUGGUGGUUGUACCACUUUACGAUACAUUGGGCCCAGAAGCUUGUUCAUUCAUUAUAAACCAAGCGGAAAUAUCAGUGGUGGUGGUCGACACGGACGAUAAAUGCAAUCAGCUAUUGGAUAGAUCGCCAAAGUGUCUUCGGCGGAUAAUUGUUAUCCGCGGUGCCCGACCAUCGACUAGCCAGAAAGCCAAGAAUCGUGGUGUAGAAUUAUUGACUUUCGAAGAAGUGGAGAAAGCUGGAGCAUCUAAAACUUAUCCAGAACAGCCCCCAAAACCUACUGAUUUGUGCACAAUAUGCUACACUUCGGGCACCACGGGAUUGCCCAAAGGAGUGAUGCUGACCCACGGCAACGUAGUGGCAGCUGUCAGUGCCGUCCUAGUGCAACUUUCUCAAUACAGGCCGAGUGUGGGUGACGUGAUGAUCUCGUACUUGCCUUUAGCACACAUGUUGGAAAGGUGUUGUGAAAACGGCAUGUAUUUGGUCGGCGGUUCGGUCGGUUUUUACAGUGGAAAUAUCAAGUUUCUGUUUGAAGAUAUGAAGGUGUUGAAGCCGACGAUUAUGCCCAGUGUCCCUCGUCUGCUCAACAGAAUCUACGAGACGGAAAUGGCGAACAUUGUUCCGCACUUUUUCAAACGCGUCAUGUUGAACAUGGCGCUCCGGUCGAAAGAAAACGAAAUUAAAAAAGGCAUUAUCCGGAAGAACAGUAUCUGGGACCGGUUGGUGUUCGGCGCUUUGCAGAGGAACAUGGGCGGACGCCUGAGACUGAUGAUCACUGGCUCGGCUCCGUUGGCCGGUAACGUUUUGACUUUCAUGAGAUGUGCACUUGGAUGUAUAGUGGUAGAGGGAUACGGUCAAACCGAGUGUACGGCACCCAUAACGUUGUCGAUCCAAGGAGAUAUGCACACAGAGCACGUAGGACCUCCAAUAGCUUGUAACUUGGUUAAACUGGCUGACGUACCGGAAAUGGAAUAUUACGCGACGUCUAACCAAGGAGAAAUUUGCGUAAAAGGGUCUAACAUUUUUCAAGGGUACUUUAAAGAUCCAGAUACCGUUUCGUUCGACGAUCACGGGUGGCAUCAUACCGGAGACAUUGGAAUGUGGCUUUCUAACGGCACACUUAAAAUAAUCGAUCGCAAGAGACAUAUAUUUAAACUCUCUCAAGGCGAAUAUAUUGUUCCAGAAAAGAUCGAAACAAUUUAUCAUAAAAGUCAAUAUGUGCAACAAGUAUUUGUCCACGGAGAAUCGUUAAAGUCGUGCAUCAUAGCCAUAGUGGUUCCCAUGGUGGACGUUAUUAAAACUUGGGCGCAAGAGAAUGGCAUAUCCGGUACUCUGUCAGUGUUGUGCGCGAACCCCGAGGUCAAAAAGCUCAUUAUGGAUGAUAUGACGGCUUGGGGAAAAGACGGUGGUCUUAAGUCAUUCGAACAAGUGAAAGACGUCUAUCUACAUCCGGACCCUUUUUCUGUGCAAAACGGACUGUUGACACCUACGUUCAAAAUGAAACGUCCCCAGGUUAGGUCGUACUUCGCCCCGCAGAUCGAAGACAUGUACAUGAAGUUGAAAUGA